UACACGUGUUGACGUUUCCUACAGAUGUCACCCACAUGUAAACUUAUCUAAUCAAUGUAAAGUUAAACGCGGCAGUGAAAUGCCAAUGACAGACUGAGUGGUGAAUGAAAGUAGCCAGAAUGAUGAGGAGAAGUUUUGUCUGGUUUCUGUUUUCUCUGUCUGUGGUGUUGGCUGGAGAUGACUUCUAUGAAAUAUUAGGAGUGGAGAGAUCUGCCACUGCCAAAGAAAUCCGUAAAGCAUUUAAAAAACUUGCCAUAACAAAACAUCCCGAUAAAAAUCCAGAUGAUCCCAAAGCUCAUGAAACUUUCUUAAAAAUAACCCGAGUGUAUGAAGUCUUGAAGGAUGAGGAUUUGAGGAAGAAGUAUGACCUUCAUGGAGAGGAGGGACUUAAGGAGGACUUCCAUGGAGGAGGGCAGUAUGAGAGCUGGAACUUUUAUAAUGAAGAGUUUGGAAUAUAUGAUGAUGACCAAGAAAUAAUUACGCUUAGUCGGUCAGAUUUUGAACAGUCAGUGGACGGAACUCAGGACAUUUGGUUCAUCAACUUCUACUCUCCUCAUUGCUCUCAUUGCCAUGAGUUGGCUCCUACAUGGCGGGAACUUGCAAAGGAACUUGAGGGAGUGAUUCGUAUUGGAGCAGUAAACUGUGAAGAUGAUUUCAUGCUUUGUCAACAGAAUGGCAUUCAUUCCUUCCCUUCUCUUGUUAUGUUUCCAGCUAGAGAGAAAUACCAUGGCAACAGAAACACACGUGACCUGGUAAGACAUGCCUUGAAGUUCGUCAGAGCUGAGGUGAUUGAACUUUGGGAGGGAAAUUUUCAGAAAUCUUUGGAGGAGAACUCAGAAAAACCCUGGUUGAUAGCUUUUUGUGGAGAAGAAUCUUGCUUGUCAAGAACCAAUAGAUUAAAACUGUCAGCGAUACUGGCAGAUGUGGUCAACUUUGGAACACUACGAUGUAAACACAAUGAAAAUCUUUGUGACAAGCUUGGAAAGGAGCAUGGGAUAUUUUACUAUGGCCAUGAUGGUGUAACAAAGGAUAAAGGCAUUGAAAUAUCUGGAUCUGAUCCUCAGGAGAUUGCCUUUCAAGUUAUGUCUCAGCUACCAGAUGUGAAAGAUUUGGACAGGGAGGUCUUUGGGAACCUGGUGAGGAAGAUGACAAAGGGCCAGGACAAGGACUGGUUAGUGCAUUUUGUAGAUGAAGAGGAACAUCAGGAAAUUGAGUUCAGAAAACUGCCAGCCAUGCUUCCUCAGUUCAGGAUAGGAAGAGUCAACUGCAGGAAGUUAUGGGACAUCUGUAAAAAGCUCCAUGUCAAUAAAUUUCCUUCUUUUUAUGUCUUUAAAAGAAGUGGAGGAUAUGAAAUUUAUUAUGGUCGAGAUACAGCACCUGAUGUAUCGGCCUUCGCCAGGGACAGCGCCAGUACUACUCUGGUGUCCUUGGGACCGGAUGACUUUAACCCAAACAAAGUGGGCCCUUCCAGUCAACAACCCUGGUUUGUCGACUUCUUUGCACCUUGGUGUCCUCCAUGCAUGAGGUUGUUACCAGAGUUCAGAAAAGCAGCUCGUGAUUAUGAUGGCGGUGUAAAUUUUGGAACUGUAGACUGUACAAUUCAUGGUGACCUCUGUCAAAUGUAUAACAUCCGUUCUUAUCCUACAACGAUUUUCUACAAUCAGUCUGUUCCUCAUCAGUACCAUGGUCACCAUGACUCAUUCCACAUCCUACAGUUUAUACAGGACACAUUAAACCCCCCAGUGGUGAGCCUGGACAAGGGGACAUUCAGACAACUUGUACAGGGGACUGACAGAAGUACUGUGUGGUUUGUAGACUUUUUUGCUCCCUGGUGUGGGCCUUGUCAGCAGCUGGCUCCAGAAUGGAGAAACCUGGCUAAGAUGUUAAAGGACUUAGAUGGAGUGAAAGUAGGUCAGGUGGACUGCCAAGCCCAUGGGGAUUUAUGCAGUUCUGAAAAUGUUAACUCUUACCCCACCAUAAGAUUGUACAGCAAAAGUGCUGAGGGACUGCUGCAAUUCUAUUAUUACAAUAGUUGGGCUAGAGAUGCUGUCAAUAUUAUAGCUUGGAUGUUUGAAUCCAAUCUGGUUCCAUCCAAUCUGGAGCCUAUAAAUCAAAACACAUUUUACUGGAAGGUGUUACGAAGCUCAAAACCCUGGUUAAUAGACUUCUAUGCACCGUGGUGUAACCAUUGUCACAUGUUCAGACCAAAGAUAGAGGUGGUGGCUAAAACAUUAAAGGGACGUUUAAGAGUAGGGAAGGUAAACUGUGAUGCAGAUCAGAGUCUUUGCCAGCAGGUGGCUCUGUCAGGGUAUCCCUCCAUCAGAUUAUACAGUGGGAUCAGCCCAGGAAAGGAUGCACAGCAUCCAUAUGGAGAGGAAGUAGAUAUAUAUGAAGCUCAGGAGCUCAUUGAGUAUCUCGAGGAUAUACUUCCCGAAGAUUCAAAGGAAUCUGAAAGUGAGAGAAAUCCAUUAGACCAUGAUGAGCUCUGAUGACAGUUUCACUUAGAAUUUAUUUAUUUACAAAUUUGUGAGUCAGUCAUUUUCAUUGUAUGUAUAUAUACCUCAUGAAAUUCCUCAUGUGUUUGAAUGAUCAUGUUUAAAUGUAUCAUUACUUGGUUCCUGUGUUUAAAUUUUUAAAUGAUCUGAUAUUUAGCUCUGCUUAUCAAGGACUGAAGAAGAAGAGCUUGUGCACUGGUUAAGUGUCUGCCAUUCAUUUGUUCAUCUGUCUGUCUGUAAAAUCUUCUCCCACAGUUUAUAACUGUUUUGAGUUAAACUUUGUACAACCAUUAAUACAUCAUGAUAUCGCUGCUAGAAAUACAAUAUUCAUUCAAAUUACAUAGUAUUGCGGCUAAAAAAAUCAAAUAAUCUAUUAAAUUAUUUGAUAUAUGUUACUCUUUCUACAAAUUUAAUAAACAAACCUUGGUACAGCUGUAGAAGCUGUACUUAACUAUACAGAAUACAUACAUGUACUUCUAUUAAUCAAUGUUCAAUUUCAAUAAACACAAUUUCAAAUUGGUACCCUUCCAAAAGUUUUUGUCUGAUUUAAAUAAAUUCUCAUUAAAAUCACAGAUUGAAAACAUAAAAAGAAGUUCUGGGUGUCAAAUGAUGUUACUGAAAAUGUUCUGUCAGUAAUCAAUGAAAAAUCAAUCCAAAAUGCAACCUCUCCUUUACAUUUUUGCCUAAUUUAAGAUGUUUGUACACAGAUAAAGCACAACUUGAUAUAUGAUUCCCUGUUUAAAGUCUUAUCAAGAUGAAGAAUAUUUGUUGCUGUUUCUUAAAAUGUGGUCUCUUUUUUGUGGUUCACCUAAAACUAUUUAAAUAUCUCUCAGUUAAUUUAAACAAUAUUUAAUUCAUGCAUAAGACUUGACACAGGGGUUUGUCUGCAGAUACCCUUUCCUCAAGCUCCUGUGUUUACUUUGAAAAAAAUAUCAUAAACAUUAUCCAGAGGGGAAUGUUAAUAUUAAUUUGCACUCAUUUCACUCAGACAAAUUUAACUCUAAAUCGGUAGACCUACAGACUUAUCAGUGACUUCUGGUUACAUUUAAGAAACAUUUUUUAGCAAUAAUUUUUCAUGCCACUGCAUGCCAGAUUUAGGCAUCUGAUUUCUCUGUGGUUAAAGAUAGUUACAUGCAUGCAUUGUUGUCUAAAAAACAAAUGCAAUUUUAAAAAUGUAUACAAAGACCACAAACUGUAGUCCAUUUGUCUUGCCACUGAAUGACUGCUUACUUCUGUAUUCCUCAGACAUUAAGAAACAUGUAUUUUAUCCAUAUUUAAAUCUUAAUAUUUUUUACAUCAUUCAUGUAAUGUGGUACCUGCAAUAAGGUUGUUUUGUUUUUUAUUAUUCAAAAAAGUUUAUUUUUGUUGUUUUAUUUAAGAAGAGAAUUGUGUUCUAUUUACACCCAUUGUCAUUUGUUUCAGAAAUAAGGAUAAAUUGUAUGUAUCAUUCCUUAUGAAUUUGAGUGAGUGCUUUUGAAUAUACAGAAGAUGAGGAAUAAAUGUUUGUAUUUAAGUAUGUUAAUGAAGAAAACUAAGCAUUUCUUGUUUAUGAAUACAUUGAUAAACCCUCUAAGAACAUUUGAUUUCAAAUGAUUUUUUUUCCACUGCUGCAAUUUGGUAUAACACCAUUUUCCCCUUUUGAUUAGCAUGGUCAUCAUAUUUAUAUUAGGUUUCAAAAUAGUUGUUUCUUAUUUUUUCUGGUAUUGCAAAGGAGAAGCAUAUUUUUUAUGAACAAGUACAUGUAUACAUAUAUUGAUUUUUACAGCCCCCUCAAAAAAAAUCAUCAGUAAAAACACGUCUUACUCUAUUGACAGUAUUGGGUGAUUGGUCUUUUUCCCAAUUUCUGUAUAUUACUUCACCUACAUGUAGUCCCAGAAUAUAUGUCUCAUGUUCACAUGUAUGUAUGAAACUUUUACAAAGAAGCUUAUUGUAUACAUUCUGAUCACUUGUAAGCUGUUUUUGUGUUCAUAUGCUAAUAUUUACAUUUCCAAAUAUUUUUCCUUAAAAUUCUUAGCAAAUUAGAAAAAGUUCAUGUUCUCAUGAACUACCGUGGGAUGAGUAAGAAUAUUUCCAUUGUGAUGUGAUUGAAGUCAAAAAGUAUUGCAAACUUUUUUUUCAAAAAUGAUCGUUGAAUGACAAAAAUAUGUGGCAAGUCAUCAGAAAAAUAAUGUAAAUGUAAGAUAUGAAUUUAAUUUUUGGGAAUUCAUGACGUACAUGAACUACGAUGCUUCACGCCGGCAUAUUUAUCAUGAAGUGCUAACACGCUUCAUGAAAUAUGCAGGCCUGAAGCAUCAUAGUUCAUGUCCUCAUGAAUUCUCAAAAAUUAAAUUUUAUCUCUUAAUUGAUUCUGUAAAAAUGACAAUAUUUCAGACUGUUGAGUAAUAUAGCUUAAGUGACAUUAUACAUGUACUCUUUAGUUUGAUCAUGGUAGAAAUGACUGUGAUUUUGAAGGAACAAUGGCUUCUUCAAUUAAUUUUGAGUAGGUAAAUGAUCAAAGCUAACAUUUGUUAUCUAUUAAUAAGGAAGAUAGUCUGAUGGGUAGUUUUCUAUGACGAAAAAUAAGCACAGUAUUUUUGUUUUUAGAAAUGCUGUAAAAUUAAUAUACUAAAACUUGUAAUUAUAUUUUAGCACCUCUUGCAUUACUUCUUGUUGGCUAAUUCAAGGACAUGCUAAGAUAUGAUUAAAUCUAAUUCACAGAAGUUUUGCUAUGUAAUGAUUAAUCAGUUGAUGAGGAAAACUGCAAAUAAGUACUUUUACAGUAGUGGAAAUUAAUGUUGUUUUUGUUGAACAUUUCUUGUAAUAAUGAAACUCUUAGGUCCAAGAAUGAAGACCUUUAGUAUAUGUGAGAGUUGCUAAUACUUAAAUUUUGAGGGUUUUUUGAAGUAAUUAACAAUAUCAUAUAAAUAUGGAAUCAUUUUAUUAGGCUGCUGUUUUGAACUCGUUAUAUUUUAUUCCAUAUUUUAACUUUUCAUUUUACAUUUUGCUCCAUUAUUCACAAUGGCUUAACGUGACUUUGACCAUAAGAGGUACAUGUGUGGUCAUACACAUAGGUCCACAGGAAAUCCUUCUGCUUACUUGUUUAUACACUAAUGUAUUUAUUCUACAAUUUAUAAUGUGCCUUCAAUCUUACAAUAAGUUUUUAUUGUGUCAAAUAAUAAAGAAUGUUCAUUUUAUCUUUGUAUCAAGUGAUAUGCUUAUAAGGUGACUGUGUUAUAGUUUUGCUUAAGAUCAAGAACAGAUAUGGUAUAUAUGAUCUGUAUACUAUUCAAACAUUAGAAAAUGUAAGAGUCUCUUUAAAUUUUAAAUAUUUUUUCCUGUUGUUACAAUAGAGUGUUCAGAGUUAAUUAAAUUACAAUUGAUGAUGUGCCAAAAGUGAAACCCUCUUCCAUGUCAGUAUUUAACUAAAUGGACUCUAUAUUAUGCUAUUAUCAUAUUAUGGCAUACAUUUUAGUGAUAACUAUCUUUGUUCGUUAUUAGUUAAAGAAUUUGUUUGAUUCAGUCUUAUUUUUGAAUUUUUAGAGAAUUUGUGACAAUAAAUAAAAUGACAAUGAUUUUA